UCUUCCACCACUGUAAUGGUGUAAUAACUCUCUCUCUCUCUCUCUCUCGCUGUGGGGGCCUGUGGUUCUUGUCAGUGACCAUACAAUUUCAUCAGAUUUGUCUCUAUUAUUUCUUUCCUUCUUUCUUUUGAAACUGAUCAUCCACCACUACUUACCAUUCAUGCCAUUUCCGAUAACAACAAACAAGAAAGCAUCUUGCUUUCCUCCUUGUUCUCCUCUCUUCUCUUCUGUUAGUUAACAAUACAACAUCGGCUUUUUACAUUCAUUGGAUUGGACCUGCGUUUUUCCUCCAACGUACUAAAUGGCUUCUUCUAUGGUUCCGUCUAAGAAUUUUAAGAGAUCGCAAUCAAGAAAAUCGCAUUCGUGGUGGUGGGAUAGUCAUAUCAGUCCGAAAAAUUCCAAGUGGCUUAUUGAUAAUCUUGAGGAGAUGGACCAGAACGUUAAGCGGAUGCUGAAGCUAAUUGAAGAUGAUGGAGAUUCAUUUGUUAAAAAGGCUGAGAUGUAUUAUCAGAAGAGACCAGAACUAAUUUCUCAUGUAGAGGAGUUCUACCGCAUGUAUCGAUCUCUGGCUGAACGUUAUGAUCACGUGACAGGAGAAUUAAGGAGGAGUAUUCCAUCAGAUCUUCAAUCCCAGGGCUCCGGAAUUUCUGAUGCUGUCUCCGAACCACCUUCUCCUGCGCGUGAACAAAAACUAAGCCGUCAUAAAUCUGGCCCUCGAGCUGCUGGGUUUGAAGUCUUUCUGGGUUCCGGUGGUAGCAGCGAUCAUCACCAGAAAGAAGGAGAUGAAUCAUCCACUUUGACAGAUUCAGAAUCAGAAUCUGAUGAUUCUUCAGUCAACAAUUACUCAAGUCUAUCAGGGAAUAGUGGUGACCAAGGACUGUCCAGGAAGAUAAUUGAUUUAGAAAUUGAGCUUCGCGAAACAAAAGAGAAGCUGCGGGCGCAGCAAGAUGAGAGUGUUGAUGGCUCAUUUAGGGGAGUGAGAAAUGAGGAUUUUGAUGAUAUUCUUGCUAGAAUUGCAGGGUAUGAGCGAGAUCUGAAAAAUGCAAAUCAGAGAAUACAGGUGUCAGAAGAAGAGGUUGCUAGAUUGAACAUUGAGCUUAAAAAAUAUAGGUCAUCUGAGGUCACUGAAGGUUUGCAGUCUGAGUUUGCAUCGUCCACUGAGAGCAAGGCGAUGACAAGGGAGGCUGAGCUGGAACCUGAGAUAAAUCAAGCUUCACAUCUUCAAGAAAGGAUUGAUGGGUCAGAAUCUGAUACUUUUGACUCCAAUGCUAAGAUUCAGUCGCUAAUGAAAGAACUUAGGAUUGCUAAUGAGAGACUUAAGGUUUCAGAGAAAGAAAUUACUACUUUGAAAGGGCAACUUGAGGGUGAUGGACCCUCUGAUAAAAUCAAUAAUUUGCAGGAUGAGCUUGCAUUGGCUCACAAGGAGAUAAAUACGUUGAAAAAAAAGCUCAACGCGGAAAAAAGGGAGGUCUCCAAGCUGCAAGAAAGAAUUUCCAGGUUGAAAAGUAGUCUCUCAGACCGGGAUCAUGAGGCGAGAGAUCUUAAAAUAGCAGUCUCUGAUGCUGAGCAGAAGAUUUUUCCAGAAAAAGCACAGAUUAAGGCUGAAAUGUCUAAACUGAUAGAGGAGAGGACAUGCUUGGAGGAGCAGCUGAAAGAGCAAGAAUCACGUGGCCGUUCUUUAGAGGAUGACAUUAGGAUGUUCCAGGCUGAAAAAGCAGAAAUGGAGCAAAGACUUGAUUGUGAGAUUCAGCAGUUAAAGGAAGACAUUGCUGAGAGAGACAAUCACAUAGAAAAAAUGGAUAAAAGCCUUGAUGUUUUAAAAUCUGAGAGAGAUGAGCUUAAUGUUAAAGUUAUUGCUCUUAAAGCAGAGGUAACUUCAAGAGAUGAACGGAUUGAUCAAAUGGAUAGGCAUUUGCAACAGUUACACAUGGAGCAUGUGAAGCUGGUUUCCGGUGCUGAAGAGGCACGAAAACUAAUGGAUGUGUUAAGAUCAAAAGUUAAGGAUCUGGAGGAAGAAGUUGAGAGGCAAAGAUUUGUAAUCCUGGAAGGGGCAGAAGAGAAACGGGAGGCUAUAAGGCAACUGUGUCUCGCACUUGAACAUUACAGGAAUGAUUAUCAUACGCUAAGACAAGCUUUUGUCGGGCAUAAGAGAGUUCCAGUCUUGGCAACAUAAGUUAGGUUGUGGCUGCAAUGCAACUGCACUUCUGAUAGUGCGAGCCCGAGCCCCGGUCAGGUACUCAAUAGUGUAAUGAUGCAAUAUUAUUUCUUUCUUCACAUAUCUCACGCUUGAGUUGAAUAUUAUUUCUUUCUUCACAUAUCUCACGCUUGAGUUGAGUGAUGCCCAGGUUUACUACUACUAAUGGUUUGUAGUAGUCCUGUGUUAUUUCUUUGGUUUGUGUAGCAAACAUAAAAAGAGAACUGUCAUGACUCAUGUCUUGGGGGGCCAUAAAAAGAAAUCCUCGAACAUCAAAGUAGCUGAGGAUUCACGUAGACAGAGUUUUUCCAAACCUACUCCUGCUAGCAAUGUUUGUUUUCUUUUGAUGGGCUGGUCUUGAUUUUUACCUGUACUUUUAAUCCCUGAAAUGGAGUUUUUAUUUUGUGCAAAA